CCACACCCUGUCCGUCGCCGUCUUCGCCACUCCGCCCCUGUCUCCACUGCAUCCUCCUUCUCAUUCCGCCUGUCUCCCUCACCGCUCACCAGAUUUGAUCGACAGCGCCUUGGUACUACUACUACUAGUAGUAUUAGUAAACUCCUCUUAUCCAGUGAGCCACGACUACAAGGCAGUGGCACCCUGCUCUUGGAGUUCCCAAUCGAUCGCGUCGCGUCUCGUCUGCGCUUGGCGUGGGUUUAAUAAAUAAACGGCGACGGAGGCGACCAGCCAGCGCAGCAGCAGCAACUGAAGCCGCCGGGGUUCCCACUUCCCAGUUGAGAUUCGCCAUUCGCAUGUGUACACUUAAUCUGUUCUUCUCUGGAGAUUUUGGACUUGCAUGAGUUGAUCAACAACUCCAUUCCCCUGGUUCCUGAUGGAGGCAUCAUCUUGCUUGCUCUAUCAAGUCCGUGGUUUUGGUUCGUUCAGGAUAUGGCUAUGUCUUCUUUUACUUCUCGUCCUUCAGAAUUGCAGCCCGGUGCUCUCCGACUCUCCAUAUUUGGUCGGCAUGGGGAGCUAUGACAUAACAGGGCCCGCAGCAGAUGUUAACAUGAUGGGAUAUGCAAAUACUGAGCAGAUUGCAUCAGGAAUUCACUUCAGGCUAAAGUCACGCGCGUUUAUUGUUGCUGAGCCUAAUGGAAAGCGUGUUGUCUUUGUGAAUCUGGAUGCUUGCAUGGCAUCACAGCUUGUGAAUAUAAAGGUGCUCGAAAGGCUAAAAGCAAGGUAUGGUGAUCUUUAUAAUGAGAAUAACGUGGCUAUCAGUGGGAUCCAUACCCAUGCUGGGCCUGGAGGUUAUCUGCAGUAUGUAGUCUAUAUUGUCACUUCUCUUGGGUUUGUUCGUCAGUCAUUUGAUGUAAUUGUCGAUGGGAUUGAGAAAAGCAUUGUUGAAGCUCAUAACAACCUCCAUCCUGGGAAGAUCUAUGUGAAUAAAGGUGACCUUCUUGAUGCUGGUGUGAAUCGCAGCCCGAGCGCAUACCUGAAUAACCCUGCUGAAGAGAGAAGCAAAUACAAAUACAAUGUUGAUAAAGAAAUGACCCUUGUUAAGUUUGUAGAUGAUGAAUCGGGUCCAGUUGGAAGUUUUAAUUGGUUUGCGACUCACGGAACAUCAAUGAGUCGCACAAAUUCUUUGAUAAGUGGUGAUAACAAAGGAGCAGCUGCACGUUUCAUGGAAGACUGGGCUGAAAAGAAUGGCCUUCCAAAGCAGACAGGUGUUGCAAGUUCUGAUGAUCUUGGAUUUUUGCACAUGACAUCUGUACUUCCGAGAAGAGUCUCUACAAUAAUACCAGAACCGGAUGAGAUAACUGACGACUUAAUGCAAUUGGCAUCAUCCUACGAGGCAUCGGGUGGAAGACGGUUGGCAGGUUCAAAUAUCACUAGACGCAUUAGAAGUUCUCAAGAAAACAAUGCGAAAUUUGUUUCCGCGUUUUGCCAGUCAAACUGUGGAGAUGUUAGUCCAAAUGUCCUGGGGACGUUUUGCAUAGAUACCCAUCUUCCUUGUGACUUCAAUCACAGCACAUGUAAUGGGAAGAACGAACUUUGCUAUGGACGAGGCCCAGGAUAUCCUGAUGAGUUUGAAAGUACCCGCAUAAUUGGGAAUAGGCAAUUUCUGAAGGCUGUAGAUCUCUUUAAUUCAGCUUCUGAAGAAAUACAAGGAAAAAUUGACUAUCGACACACCUACUUAGAUUUCUCUCAACUCAAAGUUAGUGUUUCUACAAGUACGGGCGGUCCGCAGGUGGUGAAAACAUGCCCAGCAGCCAUGGGAUUUGCAUUUGCUGCUGGAACCACAGAUGGCCCUGGAGCUUUUGAUUUCAAACAAGGAGAUGACAAGGGAAACCCUUUCUGGAGAUUAGUGAGGAACUUGCUAAAGACACCAGGGAAAGAGCAAGUUGAGUGCCAAGCUCCAAAACCAAUAUUGCUGGACACUGGUGAAAUGAAGGAACCAUAUGAUUGGGCGCCUGCGAUACUUCCCAUCCAGAUCAUAAGAAUUGGUCAGCUGGUUAUCUUGUGUGUUCCUGGAGAAUUCACGACAAUGGCCGGCAGGCGGCUACGCGAUGCUGUAAAAAAUGUACUGAUAAGUGGCAGCAAUGGUGAUUUUGGUACAAAUAUUCAUGUUGUUCUUGCGGGGCUGACAAACACAUAUUCUCAGUAUGUCACAACAUUUGAAGAAUACCAGAUCCAAAGAUACGAGGGUGCAUCAACAUUGUACGGUCCCCACACCUUGAGUGCAUACAUUCAAGAGUUUCAGAAACUUGCCACAGCUAUGGUUGAAAACAAAGAGGUCCCCACAAACAUCCAACCUCCUGAUAUGUUGGAGAAGCAAAUUGGACUAUUGCCAGGUGUUAUGUAUGACUCUACUCCUCCUGGUGUUCACUUUGGGGAUGUUAGCUCGGACGUUGCAGCAAACUCAAACUUCAGGAAGGGCACUACUGUGAAUGCUACAUUCUAUUCAGCCUGUCCAAGGAAUGACCUUCUAACUGAGGGCACCUUCGCACUUGUUGAGAAGCUAAAUGGUAACGACUGGAUUCCUAUCUAUGAUGAUGAUGAUUGGUCAUUGCAAUUCAAGUGGUCUAGGCCUUCAAAAUUCAGUCCAAGAAGUUUCGCAACGCUGGAGUGGACCAUUCCUGAGGAUGCUGCCUCUGGUGUUUAUAGGUUGAGGCAUUCUGGUGCCUCUAAGCCAUUGAUAGGGUCAAUCAAGCAUUUUACAGGUACUUCUCGGGCAUUUGCAGUGCGUUAAGCAAUACACAAUGCUUUUGAUGGUAUACCUGCCAGAGUUUACUUCUUGGAAUGUAAUCCGUUAUUCUACAUGAUUUCCCCCUUGUAUUUACGUCCCGGAGGUGUAAAUUUGUAAGUGUCCGAUCAUACAAAACUGCUGCUCUAUAUGCUUAUAAGUAGUUAAGUUAUAAGGAAAUAUAUAGCUUGUUUUUCCAACA